UCCUAGUACUCCAUAAGCACAGGCCAUUCCGCUCCUUGGACGACGCUAGCUUCUGCACGCAAUAUCUUCUUUCUCUCCUGUGUCUGCUGGCACCGCUAAUCUGCUGCGUUGCGUCGAGAAAGCUUCCAGUGCUUCAACCAUGUGGGCGUUCUCCUCCUCGUCCUCGAAUUCGACCUCCGAGGCGCCGCCACCAGCUGCCACUGAGGCAGACGAGCCUCAGAACGAGGGAUCUAAGCUCAGAACAUUCAUCUCUAUAUUGAGAAAAUUCAUCGGCGUAGCAGACCUCGCCUCCGUUCGAUUCUCCCUUCCCUCCCAGCUCCUAGAGCCGACACCGAAUCUCGAAUACUGGAACUACCUGGACUCACCGAAUGCUUUCGUUGCUAUUGGAACCGCAGACGACCCGGUUGACCGCAUGCUGGAAGUGCUACGUUUCUGGUUUACAAAGGACUUGAAGUAUGCAAAGGGAAAGCCAUGCAAACCGUACAACAGUUGUCUCGGGGAGUUCUUCAGGUGCAACUGGGAGACCGAAGAUGAUGCACCGAGGAUCGAUACAAGAGCGCUCCGGCCAAAUGGUAGCCCGCCGGGCAGUAGCUCGCCCAGUACGAAGUCCGCGGAGCUCGCUGUCAAAAGGGGGCUCGGCUCCGGCGAUGCGCGUGGUUCGUCUACUGUGUCCGUCUCGCAGUCAGCAACCAAUCCGACCAAGCCAGUCCGGGUUUCGUACUUGACCGAGCAGACGUCACACCAUCCGCCCGUCAGCGCUUUCUACAUCAGCUGCCCCGAGAAAGGCAUCCAUGCCAAGGGAUUUGACCAGAUCACAGCGAAGUUCACUGGUACCUCUAUCAAGGUGAUGCCUGGAGAGCACAACCUUGGGAUCUUCAUCACCGUGGAGCGGCGUGACCAUGAGACGUAUCAGUUGACGCACCCUGCGGCGCAUCUUGGUGGCAUUCUAAGGGGCGCCUUAAGUGUGUCCGUCGGUGACAUGGCCUACAUUACUUGCCCGGAGACCAAGCUCAAGACCAUUCUGCGUUACUACGAUGAUGGCUGGCUCGGCCGCUCGACGAACAAGGUGGAAGGCAUCAUCUUCCGUUAUGACCCGGAGAAUGAUGAUAAGCAGAAGAUUAGCGACGUCCCAGAGGAGGAGAUCCUCGUGCGCCUUGGCGGGGCAUGGAAGGAGAAAAUCGUCUUCACUCUGGGCCCCAAACCUGUCGACUCGCACCCCCCAGAAUACCAGAUAACCAUCAUCGAUAUCGCCCCUCUCACAGUAGCACCCAAGGUGCUCCCACCACCUGAGCAACAGCUGCCCAAUGAAUCCCUGCAGCUUUGGAGCGAAGUUACGAAGGCCAUUCUGUCUAAACAAUACUCCCGCGCUACGACUGUCAAGCAAGAGCUUGAGGAGACUCAGCGAGAGAAAGCGCGCGAGCGUGAACGGAAGGGAGAAACGUGGAAGCCUGUUUUCUUUGAGCAGGCUACUGACAAGGCCGGCAAGCCAUCGCUGACGGAGAAGGGAAGGGAGGUUCUCAACCGUGCGCAGAAGGGAGAAUGGAGCAUGGAAGGAAUUCUUCCUUGACGUGUCGACUAAGCCGGAGCAGUGAGAGAGAUAGACGGGGUGGAAAGAGGCAACGGCAGUUUUCUUACUCUGCAUAGAAGGGGCUUACACGGCGCGUCAUCUCAAUCGGAUUUCUCCUAUUGGCUACGCCACACUCUUUCUGUUUGAUGGGCGGGGUUCGGCGUUCGUCGCCGGCAUGAUUACGCCGUCCCGGUCUCGGCGGUGGUCCAGGGGCACAUAACACUCAUACAGGCAAACAUCUGGGAAGGCGUUGCUGAUGAUACCAUUAAAGCUCUACAAAGACCAUUCCAUCCCACAUUACACUCGGUUGGACGGAAUAGCCUGACGGAGGUCGUCUAGUCCUCCCUCGGAGUCUGAGCGAGCGACUGAACUAGCGUCUUUCUUUCGCAUAAUGCUAACAGUAGUGAAAUCCAUCCCUGAAUUGUCCUAGCAAAGGUUUAGAAACGACCUCUUAGGACUAUGAUGCCUGGUUCCACGGGAC